AUGGACAACCAACACCACCACCGAAACCAUACAAACUCCGUCACCACCUUCUCUUUUAUAUCCGACUGGGACGACGAACCGUUCACCGACGAAGACCUCCAAGCCAUUGAAGCUGCUCUUCAAUCCGCCUCGAAAAGGCCACAACCCUCCUCUUCUCACAACUACGACGACAACGACGACCAUAAUUCCGGCGGCGCAGAUCCCCCAACCGAUGGUGGUGGUGGUGGUGGUGGUGGUGGUGGACGCCGCCGAAGAUGCCCAGUUCCAUUCUCUCUUUCACCUUGCCAAGCCAAUUUAAGGAUGAGAUACCCUGUGAUGAAGUUUGGAGGUCAAAUUACAUAUAGCAGGACUGCCGUUGAAGUGGAGGCAGCUGCAAUGGAGCUCCUAAAUACUGUUGGAGCAAAGAAUAGAGAUGUGGGUGAAGCUGCUGUCAGAUUUGACAUUGAAUGGAGACCUACAUUUAAAAAAGGUUUUUCACCUGGGAAGGCUGCGGUUCUGCAAAUAUGUGGGAACACUAGUCAUUGUCAUGUUAUGCACAUUAUCCAUUCUGGGAUACCUCAAAGUCUAUCUCUACUUCUGGAGAAUUCUACCCUUUUGAAAGUUGGAGUUGGCAUUGGCAAUGAUGCUGUUAAGGUUUACAAAGAUUAUAAUGUAGCUGUUAAGGCAGUAAAGGAUCUCUCCUAUCUUGCCAAGCGAAAACUUGGUGAAUCCCAAAGAUGGGGUCUUGGUUCUCUGACUGAGACACUUAUAUCCAAUCAGAUCUUGUUACUGGGCACUUUGGUCUUACUGGUUACUCGAAUGUUCUUUAAGGUGGAAAUGGGUUCUAAACCUAAGCUUUUUGCUGUAAUUAGAGGUUCACACAAACUUCCGAAGCCCAAUAUAAUUAGACUUGGAAAUUGGGAGGCCGAUGUUUUAUCAAGAAAGCAGUUAAGAGUAUGCUGCCAGUGAUGCUUUUACUUCAUGGUAUUUAUAUGAGGCAUUGAGAGGCCUCCCUGAUAUUGAAAAAAGUGGUAGCUGACGACAGCAGCAAGGAAUCAAAAGGUGCGUCACCACAAUGAACUUUGCCUUAAAAAUCAGAACCAGUUGGCCAAUCAAAUGUUACUAUGGUGGAAAUGGGAAAUAUCUUUCAUUGUGUUAGGAUCUAACCCUGAUAUUUUUUACAACCCUGUUACUGAUCCAGCAGUUUAGUGAUUAUUUGGGUUAAUUUUGUGCUUAUAUUUUUAAUGUAAAAAAUUACCAACAUUCUUUACUACAAAAUUAAUUAAGGUAGUUGGUUUUUUGUCUCUACCAUAAAA